GUCCUGAUCUUUCUAGAAACUUUUAUUUCCCUCUAAACUUCCGAGUUUAUGUCUUUCUUCUGUAUAAACGGUGCGCGUGCUUAUCUGCGUGUCAGGACUGAAAGAUCUCUGCUCUUUAUUACCAGAAACUCAUUGUUAGGAGCCGGACUCCAGCUUCUGGUCCAGGUUCCAGGGUCUGCAGGACCUGGGGCUGUGUUGGGUCGUUGCUCAUGUUGGGGAAUGUUUCUGGAAGAGAAGCUGAUGUUGGGAAAAUGAUCGGGUCUGAAAAGUCUUCCAUCAAGCAGCGGACGCGGCUUCGCUGCCUCCACCGCGGUGUGGAACGUCCCUCGCGAGUUGCCGUAGUCACAUUUUGAGAUCCGGAAGUGAAGCAAACACGCUGCAGUGUGGAGGAGCGGUCCGUGUCUGGUCUUGGUUCUGGUUCUGGUGCCGUGUGUCUUCGCUGGGGUAAACCUGCUGACGUCAUGGCGGCGGUCGCGUGCGUUCCUGGACAGUUUGAUGACGCGGAGGAGGAAAGUGACCAAUCAGAGGUGGUGGUCCUGAAAAGUCACAUGACUGACGUCAGCCUACAGCCUUCAUCAGAGCGGGAGGAGGAGGAUGAAGAUGAGGAUGAUGAAGAUGAGGAUGACGAGUGGGACUGGAGCUCAGCUGGAGAUCUGACCAAAAGAUUCUACCGGACAGGACAGAACAGCCAGGCUAACAAACAGAAUCCUUCCAAUAGGACAUCGUCAUCAACUCCCUCUGAUAAAGCUCUGAGGAAAUAUGAACAUAAGAUCAACCUGGAUAAACUGAACUACGAGGAUUGUGUGAUCAAUAAGGUGACGGUGAUGCAGAGGCAGAGGGAUACCGACACGUACAGAGUAAAGGAUAAAUCAGAUCGAGCUACAGUUGAACAGGUUCUGGAUCCACGAACUCGAAUGAUUCUGUUCAAGAUGUUGAGUCGAGGAGUCAUCUGUGAGAUCAAUGGCUGCAUCAGCACCGGGAAGGAGGCCAACGUUUAUCACGCCAGCACAUCGGCCGGAGACAGCAGAGCCAUCAAGAUCUACAAGACCUCCAUCCUGCUGUUCAAGGACCGGGAUAAGUACGUCAGCGGGGAGUUCAGAUUCCGUCACGGUUACUGUAAAGGAAACCCCAGAAAGAUGGUGAGAACGUGGGCUGAGAAAGAGAUGAGGAACCUUAUCAGGCUGCAGACGGCAGGAAUCCCGAGUCCAGAACCGGUGCUGCUCCGGAGCCACGUUCUGCUAAUGGGCUUCAUUGGGAAAGACAACAUGCCGGCGCCGCUGCUGAAGAACGUGGCACUGUCGGACUCCAAGGCCCGUGAACUGUACCUGCAGGUUGUUCAGAACAUCAGGAAAAUGUUCCAGGAUGCUCGACUGGUCCACGCCGACCUCAGCGAGUUCAACAUGUUGUACCACGACGGCGAUGCUUACAUCAUCGACGUGUCGCAGUCGGUGGAACACGAUCACCCUCACGCUCUGGAGUUUUUGAGGAAAGACUGCAGCAACGUCAACGACUUUUUUGGGAAACACGGUGUUGCCGUCAUGACGGUCCGGGAGCUGUUUGACUUCAUCACUGACCCGUCCAUCACCAGCCAGAACCUGGACCAGUACCUACAGAAGGCGAUGGUGAUUGCGGCAGAGCGGACAUCGGAGCAGCGAUCGGAUCAGGACCGGGUGGAUGAGGAGGUGUUUAAGAAGGCCUACAUCCCCCGCACGCUGACGGAGGUGUGUCAUUACGAACGAGAUGUGGACCUGAUGAGGACGAUGGAGGAAGAAUCAGCCGUUAGCUGUCACCAUGACAACAUUCUGUACCAGACCCUGACCGGACUCAAGAAGGACCUCUCCGGAGUCCAGACGGUCCCAGCACUGCUGGAGGAAGACCAGCGCUCUUCAUCCGAGGAGGAUGAGGAAGACUAUGAAGAGGAGGAGACGCAGCAGGAGCAGAAUGAAGAAACUCUGACAGACAAAAAGGGGUUGAUCUGCACCGCCUGCCUGACGGUAGCAGAUCAGUCAUGUGGUGACCGGGGUGGGCGGAGUCCUGGAUAAUUUAGCCUUCCGGAGGCAGCGGGAACGCCGCCGUUCUUCCAGCGAGAGGAAGAAGAUGGUGAAAGAAGCUCAGAGAGAGAAGAGGAAGACCAAAGUACCCAAACACGUGAAGAAGAGGAAGGAGAAGGUGGCCAAGAUGAAGAAGGGCAGAUGAUCCUGCUUCCAAUCACUGCUCACACCUGCCUGGUCGCCAUGGAAACUGACUGAGAUCAAAGCUUCACCAAAAACAUUUAAACCAAACGUUGGUUUAGCAGCAGUGGCCAUCUUUGAUCCCACUUCCUAAAGGGGCGGGGCUUCUCUGCUGCGCUUGACUCCGCCUCUUCCUGAUUGUAAAAUAACAAAUAAACCAGUUUCAUCCCAAACUGACAUCCGAUC